GCCAACAGAUAAGGAUCACGAAGCGAAGACGAACGGUCGGACCGACACGUAGAAAAAAAAAAAAAAAAAAAAAAAAAAAAAAAAAAAUCGCCCGGAUCGUCGCCGCUGCCUUCCUCAAUGCAUCCUCUCUGUGCCCGGGGAACCAUGAAACCAGAGAUCACCGCCGCCGUGGGGUUUCUGUCGAGAUUUCUGAGGGUAAAAGGACACGUAAACGACCGACAGGUCCAAACGUUCAGCCAAAGCCUUCAGGAUAUUUUGGCAGAGAAAUACAUAAACCACUGGUUUCCGGACCGGCCCUGCAAGGGCUCGGGUUACCGCUGCAUUCGCAUCAACCACAAGAUGGAUCCCCUGGUGUGGCAGGCAGGUCAGCGCAUCGGCCUGACCAUCCAGCAACUCUACCUGCUGCUGCCCAGCGAGCUCACUCUCUGGGUGGACCCCUUCGAGGUGUCCUACCGCAUCGGCGAGGACGGCUCCAUCUGUGUCCUCUACGAGUCCCAGCCGGGCCCCGUCGGAAUGCCAAUGUCUGUGGGCGCCAGCUCCGCCUCAGGAAGCUCCAUGAUGGAAAGCCACCUCAGCUGCAAGGAUGAACUGAGGGUGCUGGGCAGAACUAGCCCCUCCAAAGCCUACAAUAAUAUGAUGACUGUGUCCAGUUAAAGUGGCACACAGUCACCCCAGCCUACUUUUUGUUCAGGGUCACACCGUGGCUGGUCAGAUCAUGGUGAGCCUUUUUAAAGCUAAGAAAAUGAAAUGAAAUUGUGAAAUAAGAAAACAAAAAGCAAAAGAGAAAAAAAAACAAAAAACAGAGGAUGUGGCCUAUCAUCCAGGUGAUGGAAACCUAGUAGUUUAUUUUUGGUUUAUUUUUUUUUAACUCUCUUUACCCGUUAUCUGUUGUGUUGUCAUUGGAUCAACUGGGCACUCCGUUUUUUUUUUAGGAGAGGCUAUGUGGAAAUGGAACUGUUGGGGCAGCUAAUCCAGCCAAUCAACCAACCAGGAAACCCCCAUUAGACUGGCUCCACCCCCUCCCAUCCCCCACCCCACCCUCAGCUGUAAUCAACUUUGUGUUCAGCUCUGGCUCUGAAGGGGAUAUCAGCAUAGACUUUGCACUUUUAUGACUUUUCGAAACGCCACUUAAAAAACACCACAGUAAAUUAUGAGGAUCUAUUUCCAGGAGUCUUUAUGAAUUAGAUUUUUCUUUCCCCAGACUGGGACAAUUCGAGCUCAAGGUAAAGAAACCCCAAAUGAGAGCGUCUCUAUUUUCUAUAAAAGCAUUUUUGGACCACAGGAAGAUUAUUUUCUUUAUCUUGUAGCCUGGGGAGGGGGGUAAAGAAAUACUUCAGGUCUAGACUUCUCUUCCUCUCCCUUUCUAAAUUUGUUUCCCUUUUGUCCCCAGUAAGUUUUAGAACAUCUCCAUCUCAACAUUCUGUCUACCUGUAAGUGCAACUGAAACCCCGUUGCCCUUCCAUUAACCACGCGUGUAGCUUUCUUGGGGAGGGAAGGGUUACCAUUUCCUUCCCCUCCAUCAAGUUAAUGAAUGUUGUUGAAGUUCACAAUCAAGUUCCUGUGUUGUUGAUUUUUGCCCCCUUUUACCCACCACUUUGUCAUCUCCCGUAUUACCAAAACUCAAAGUGUAGCAAAGGGGGGUGGGGGUUCCAAAAUUUGGGUCAUGUGGCCUAGCUAACGUUGACAUUGAAUGCACUUUGAUGUGAGAUUGUGUGGGAUGUGUACUUUUUUUUUGUUUUGUUUUUUGGAGAAAAUCGCCUGCAUUCCAUCCAUUCGAAUGUCAUCUUUUUUUGCAACGUUUUCCCAGUUUUAGCCAGGUCAUACUGUAGCUCCCACCUCUAUUGCAUUGGGAGUGUGCAACUCUGGAUUUUCAAAACCUUUUAAACACUGUAUUUGUGAACAUUUCGGAGCCGUUUCUUUCUCACUUUUUGCUUUAAAAAAA